UUAAAAAAAACAAACAAGGAAAGGUACUGGAAAUUAUCCCGGCUCUGCCCCAGACACUGUGCCUGGGACUGCAUAUUGCUGAAGGGUGCUAUGUCAGGGAAUCGAGUGAUACAUGAAUCCUGCCCCAGAACACAGCUGUUGGUCACCACAGGAGUCUCAGCUGCAAGAUUUUGAAUCCCACAAACACCAGCCAGUGCCAGGGGGAGCGUAAGGGGAGAGAGGGAAAUCCAGAAGGCAUGAGCAUUCACAAGGCCAAGUAGAAAGAUCAAUGAGAUGUCCAAAGGGAAAGGCACUGCCCUUUCUGGCUACCUGUUCGGGAGGCUGAGGGGUGAUACCAGGAUGGACAGUGGCCCUCACUACUCACAGGCAAAUGAGAUGACUGUCAACUCGCUGAGGACAGCCUCUUCAGAAAAGAUUUGAGUUUAUCUCCUGGCCCCAGAUAGAGCAGUUGAUGGCUCUGGGCCCUUGAGGACUUAUGGGAUAGAUUUACUGAAAGAACUGAAGUAGCUGCCCUUUGUGGGAGCUGGAGGUGGGAGCAAAGUGCUAAGGGCUUUGCAGGUAUCACCUCAUCUUAACCUCACAAUAGUCUCCGGAUAGGUGCUGUCAUCCCCAUCAUGUAAGUGAGGACCCGGCCAAAGGGAACUGGGCCAAGCCAAGACACCAAGAAAGGAUGAGAAAACUGAGAAUCUGAGGGACAGGACAGGGCUGUGUGGGAUGGGAGCCAAGAUAAAGGAAAGUGGAACAGAACGAUGUGGAGAGGGGAGUCAGGAUCGGACUCUGAGAGGCCUCAAAGGGCCAAAUGAACAGCUUUAUCCUGCAAACCUGCAGCCACCAAACUCUUGCUCAUGGACCCCAUCAGUGGACGAUAUAGGAACAUUGAUCUAUGUAUUAAUUGUAUACAAAUACCACUGCACUCAUAAUAUAUUAUAAAUGUAUACAAAAAUAGAAAUUAAGAAGUGACGUAAAAGUUAAUAUAACUAGAAGAUCUAAUAUUAUCUUGCCGCACCCCAGUAGAUUGUCUUGCCCACAAAUAAAAAGUUUUAAGAAAAAAGAAUAAGGAGGCAAAUACAUUUCUAUGCACCAUGUAGAGGGAGUUGAAGGGCUACCCCCCAGACGGAUUCAUUGAUGUUGAUAAGUAAUAAUAGCUGCUAUUUGCUGAGGGUCUUCUGUGCACCAGGCAUGUGCUGGAGCACAAGGAUGCCCCAGGCCAGAUGUGCUCCCAGCUGUGGCCGUCGAGGGUGCUUGGCAGGUCGUCGAGGGUGCUUGGCAGGUCGUCGAGGGUGCGUACAGCUCUCCUGACGUCCCUCUGUCCGUAUCCCCCUCCAGGUGCCAUGUUUCUGAAACCCCUGCUGCUCCUGGCCCUGCUGGGCCCUGGCAGCAGCCUCCAGCUGUGGGAGACCUGGGAGAAUGGAGCCAAGGAGGCCCCAGGCCCCCUGCUUGUCCGUGGCCGGAGAGAAGUGGAUGAGGACGACUCCGACAUAUAUGACUAUGACAUACAGACGGACCCUCCAGAAAUGCUUAACUAUAGCACCGAGGCCCCCAAGCUUCUGCCUGUGAUGGGAACACUGGAGCAGAGAGAGUCUGCAGGGCCUUUAACACCUGAGCCAACCACUCUGGAGAUGACCACAAGGGACCCUGCUGUCCUGGAUGCAGAAGGGGCAGCCACUGGGAAUCUGAGCAUGGAACUGUUCAUACUGGUCACUCUGACCAAAGAACCAGUCACUGUAAUCCCUCCCAUCAUGGAGGAUCCAUCCACAGAAUCAGCUGCAGUGGAGGCCCUGUCCACAGGGCCAGCAGGCAGAGUGGCACUGGCCACAGAACCUGCAGCCACAGAGGCUCUUUCCACAGAGACCCUGCCCACGGAGCCAGCAAGCACAAUGGCACCAGCCACAGAACGCACAGCCAUGGAGGCCCUGUCCACAGAAUCCACCGCCACUGAGGCCCUGUCCACAGAAUCCACUGCCACUGAGGCCCUGUCCACUGAAUCCACCGCCACUGAGGCCAUGUCCACUGAAUCCACUGCCACUGAGGCCAUGUCCACUGAAUCCACUGCCACUGAGGCCAUGUCCACAGAACCUACUGCCACUGAGGCCCUGUCCACAGAAUCCACUGCCACAGAGGCCCUGUUCAUGGAACCCACAGUCAUAGAGGCUCUGCCCACGGAACUGGCCACCACAGCAGUUCUUUCCAUGGAGCCCACUACCACAGGGGCCCUGCCCACAGAUCCAGCCACUGUGAAGACCCUGCCCACAAGACCUGCUACCGCAACAGGCCUAACCACAGCCCUUCCUGUGCCCUCUGAUCCUCCCAAGGGCACCAUUGUGGCAGUUGGCAAUUCAUCUGAUAACUUGAUCUACAAAUGGAAAAAUGGUCAGAGUCUUUUCCCCCGGAGCUCCGUGGCCCCAAGCCCCACAGAGGGCGUGCUUGACCCCAGCUCGGUGAAGCAGUGUCUGCUGGCCAUCCUCAUCCUCGCCCUGGUGGCCACCAUCUUCCUCGUGUGCACCGUGGUGCUGGCCAUCCGCCUGUCCCGCAAGAACCACCUGUACCCCGUGCGCAAUUACUCCCCCACCGAGAUGGUCUGCAUCUCGUCCCUGCUGCCCGAGGGGGGCGAGGGGCCAGCUGCCAUGGCCAACGGGGGCCUGCCCAAGGCCAAGAGCCAGGGCCUGAAGGCGGGGUCUGGGGAGGACCGCGAGGGAGAUGACCUCACCCUGCAGAGCUUCCUGCCUUAGCUCCCGGCCCGGCUGCCUGAGUAGGACCAGCCCCCCAAGCGGCCUCCACAGCCUGCUGGGCCACUGCCCAUACCCAGGCUCUAUGCCAUGGGUCCGGGCUUCCUUGGAGCCCCCUGGUGAUGGGAACGUUUAGGGUGGGAACCGUGGCCGCCCUACACGGGACUGAGAGCAGCGAAGGUCCAGGCACCAAAGCAGGCCUGGCAAACGGAACCUCCAGUGGAGGCUGGAGAGGCCGCCUCCACCUCCCUGCCUCCCAUGUGUUCUUUUUUUUUUUUUUUUUCUCCCAUGUGUUCUUGGCCCCCUCUAAUGCCUCCCACGGCUGCUGGAAUCUCAUCCCCAUGUGCCCAGGAGGACUCAGGGUUCCCUGCCCACACCCCCACUGCCACUUUCUUCUGGUGGCCAUGGUCACGGCACAGGAAGGGUGCACUUUUGGGGGGGAGUACGCCAUUCCUGAGUUCAUUUCCUGUCACUCCGCGUUUGGGGUAUCUCUCCCAGGAGCCCAGGAUGAGAGCUGGGCAUGUGAGGGCUGGGCAGGCUUGGAAAGCCCAAGGCUACAGGCUUCUUUGGGACUUUGUGGACCAAUGAGCUUCCAUCUGGUGACAGAGUGACCCCCGUCCCGCCCUCCCUCACCUCCCCCUGUGGCCUUGUUUUAGGGUGGGCUCUGCCUUGUUCACCGAAGUCUCCCAGGGCCCAGCUCGGGGCCGGGAGAGCACAGACACUCAGUAAAUGUUUGGUAAACAAGCGAUGGCUGAACGAACGCUUCAAGGCACCAAGGUGCCUCCUUCAGGUGGGGAGUUGGUCCCUUGCUGUUCACGCCCAGCCCCAGGCCCCUCAGGAAGACCCCUGCAUGGGCUGUUGUGGUUACUUCAGGGGGCAUCUUGCUGUACCCUUGGGCAGUUGGGAGGCAGGGUUCAGGCUGUUGGAGGACAGAGGGUGCUGGCCUCGGGAACCACUUUGUUCAGCACCUCCCGUGACCCAGUUCAAGCCUACAGAAUUUGGUUCCGCCCGCCAAAUCUCAGCCAGAUACCCCUCUAAACAUCAAUGCCAUCCUCCGCAGAAGCCCACCCUGACCCCUCUGUUCCGCAUGGGGCCCAUCUCCCGUUAACACCCAGCGGCCCCUCCUCACAGGGGGAGCCUGGCUACACCCUACAAGGCCUUCCUACAACUGACCACCUGUCAUGUAGAGUUGGGGGCCAGUAAACGUUUUCUUAAAGGGCCAGACCAUAAAUAUCUCAGGUUUGACAGGCUGCGUGGUCUCUGUUGCAACUUCUCGACUCUGUCAUCAUGGCAUGAAUGCAGCGAUUGACUCUGUGUCAUAAAUGAAUGGGUUUGGCUGAAUUCUAUUGAAACUUUGUUUACAAACCGGCAGCAGGCUGGGUUAGGCUCUAUAAGUUAGCUUGUCCCCGACUUAAGUGUAGAGUGACCAGAUGUCCCGGUUUGUUUGAGACUGCCCUGAUUUUAGCACUGAAGUCCUAGAUCAUGGGAUAUAAGACUUGCAGCUCCAGCAAUCAGGACAGUGGGUAGCCCUAUUUAAGCACUGAAACCCACGUGGACCCUGAGGGUCAGAUCAGGAAGCCAAAGGCUUAAGAGAAGUGAAGAGCCUGGCUUACUUCCUGACAGUGGCUGAGCUGGGAUUCAAACUCUUGAUUUUUGCUUCCCAGCGCCUUUUAGUCAGUUUUGUACAGGGAGAAGGACAACACACACACACACACACACACACACACACACACACACACAUUUCUACCUUCUAAAACAUUCAUCUCAGGGGACUUUUUCUCUUCUAGAAAAAUACCUCCAGGGGCCUCUUUGGGAAUGCAGGACCCCUCCACUCCAGGGCAUAACCUGCAGAGAGAGAGUUCAGAGAAAAUGUUGAAUCUGAGGGGUAUUGGCUGCAGCUCGGAGAGACGGGUUGGGGGAACAGGAGAGACUGGGGAAAGGCAGGAGGAACACGAAAGGCAGCAGGGCCGUGGGGGACAGAAUCAGGGAUAAGCGGAGAAUUGUCUGCUUCGACCCUCCCCCACCCCACCCCUGAACCUCUAGAACAAGUGUGAUACACAGGAAGUUGUGUUCAAGGUGCUUUGGCAGGGGCGCUGGUGGAGAGGGUUAUCUACCGUGGGCGAGAACAGCUGACCCUGCAGAAGGACGGUUCCUAAGGGAACAACAGGAGUUCACUUCACCUUUGGCAGUGAUCAGAAAAGUCGGGGCGGAGGAGCUCCGCAUCACGGCGGUGGGGACCCAGAGGCUGAAGGACUUGGGGGCACAUUUGGGCAGUCCCUCUGGGAUCUUGCUUCCCCGUCCAUCUGGGCAGGGAGCAGGUCUCCGCGUUCCCCUGAGGGCUCCCGGAGCGCCUCUGCUCCAGGACGUUGGUUCUCCAUCUCUACUGGAAGAGGACCACCCCUCUGCCGCCCUCUCUUCAAGGUGCAGGAUUUGUCAGCAGCAGGGAUGGUGGGUGCUUGAAGCAGCCACCAGGGGGCGCCCGCCACCAGCUCUUGGAGCCAAUGGCAGCCUGGAGCUCCCUUGGUCCAGUCUCUGAAGAUGAAGAGGGAUGGUUCACACAGGACCCAGCUCCAAACCCAGUGGGGUGCUGAUAUAUAUUUAACAACUGGAUCCUUGGGUGGAUUGGUGCCCAAGGUAUGAUUUUCAGUGCUUGCCAAUUUCCUUUCUGUAAAUGCGCCCAUGGCUGAUUUUGAGAAACCAACCAUUUAUAUGGUAGAUGAUACAAAAAGGUAAAUAAAUGCCAACAGGGUAGGUAUUAGUAGGAUGUAGUAAAGUCAUGAGUAAGUGAUGAGUUUUGAGUAUUGAGGACCUUGGUUG